AUGGCGGGACCGCCAGCUUCAGAGGGGCCAGGGCAGGCGGCGGGCGGAGGCUCCCUCAGUGGCGCCGAGAAGGAGAAGCUGAGGGAGAAGCUAGCGCUGCUGCGGAGGGAGUACAGCGAGACCGUCAGCCGGCUGCGGCGGGCACGGCGAGCAGAGCGAGCCAGGAGCCAUGGCCAGGGCACGGCGGCGGAAGGAGGCCGGUGGGAGGAGCGGAGCCCCGCAGGUUCUAGAGAUAAGGUAUCUCCUCGUGCUGACAAGCAUGCAACCUCUCAGUUACAGACUAAAGCCUGCUCUGAUCCUGACACAGAGAAGCAAACAUCUGUGACGUCUAAAGGUGUUCCUGACUGCUGCAGUGAUGAGGCUGAUGUUAAGCCCCAGGCUAGCUCAGAGCCCAGCCAGCAAAGCCUCUGCUGGGGAGUUGUGAGGCCUACCCCUGAGGAGAAAAAACCCCAAAGCUCCAGCAGCUUGCUGAAGCUGAGGAGACGGCCAAAGGCUGUGGUAUUGGAGGGAAGGGAAGCAGCACCUCGUGUGGAUUGCACUGGCACUGAUGAAACGCUGAGAGAUCCAAUGGCCAGGACAGAGGAGCUUCAGUCACUUGUCUUCAGGCAAAGCAGCCUCCUGAAGGCUGAGGAGAACGCUGACAGUGCUUCCAGAGCAGCCCUUAAGCAGAGCGAAGGAUGCAGCUCCACACCUCCUGAGGCGGCGCUGGGCAUUACCCAAGAUGUGACUGAUGAUGUUGACCUAGGAGUGCCUGAGCUGUUCCUGUCUGCACCAAGGGAUGUCUGGCAGCCUGAGUCCCCCAGUGCUGUGCCCACAUCUGAUCACUGUGAGCCGUGUUCGCAGAGCAGGGACUCUGUUUCGCUCGACACCAAGGAGGACAGAGGAAAAGAAUCCUUCAGUGUAAUAAACCAAACAGAUGGUGAGAGUGUGUGUGAGGAUCAGGGAGAGCUGCAGGGGCUCUUGGAUUUGAUGUCAGAAAAUGAAGUGCUGCCUUCUGAUGGAGAUAGCACCAUGACCAAUGAGAGCACAAGCCACCAAGGAAAUCAGAGGGGCGCUGAGAGCUUAAAUCCCUUUCCUGCAGAUCUUUCUGCGGGCACUGCUGGAGAGCUGCCGGAGAAUCGACAGCCUGAAGUUCAGCCCAAGCUUUCUUGCCCAGACAAGGUGGCAGCUGAAAGCACACUGAACUCCUGCACUGUGGUUGAGGGACUCCUGUUUCCAGUGGAGUACUACGUCAGGACUACGCGCCGCAUGUCCAGCUGCCAGAGGAAACCGGACCUGGAGGCUGUGAUCCUCAGCCAGCUGGGCAGAAGUAAGAAAGGACAGAGAAGUAAAGGCAAGCAGAAAGAUGCGAGUUCAGAUCUCCCCUCUCAGGAAAGAGCUGAAAACAAUGUGGAGACACCAUUCCCUUUUUGUGCAGCAGAAAAGGAGCCAGCAAACCCAGGCAGUCCUCCCAGGUCACCUCCUGUGUCCAGCGGCAGCAGCGCUUCCCUGGCAUCAGCUGCUCCGAGCGGCGGCAGCAGCGCCAAGCCAGACCGGAGACCAUCGCAGCGGAGGCAGAAGGGCAGCAGAAGGCCUGCCUGCAGCCCCCCUGUGCAGCAGCUGUCACAGGAGCUUCUGGAGAGUUUGAAGCUCCCGGCACCGGGGGAAUGCAGCAGUCUGCUGUCAAAUGAGGGUCAGAGGGAGAAGGAAAACUGGCAAGCUAACCCUGAGAAACCAUCCUCAGACGAGAGAAGGCCAUCUGCUGCUGGAGCUCUUGGGGCUGGAGAGGCAGGAGGGACCUGUGCUACGCAGCUGGCGGGUUCUGAUCCUCCUGGGGCAAGCCAAGGGCUUGGCAAAUGUAGGACUCUGUCAGAACAGCUCCAAAAUCCCCUUCAGAGCAGAGAUUCUCUGAAGCCAGGGAAUGAAACUUUUCCCAACCACAUCGGAGAUCUGGAAGCCAAUGCAGCUGUGUGUCAGGCUGGUGAACAGCCCAUGGAGCAUGUUAGGAAUCACCAUGUGGAAGGAGCCUGUGGGGCUGAGCAGCCACUACUGAUUCCUGUCCCUCCACGCCGCUCUCUACGUUCCUCCACAAGGCAGAGAGCCAACCAAGCCUCCAAAGAUGUCAGCAAAAGAGGACUAAGCUCUCCAGCAGGUUCAGAGGGUCCUGCUUCCCUUGGCCUCCCUGCUCUGGACUCCAGUACCUGCAGCUCUCCCUUCUCCUUCCGCAGUCCCCAGUGGCUGGCCUCCAAGCUGGGUAUCAGAGACUUCCACUUGCCAGAUGAGGAGUUUGGACAACUAAAACUUGAGAAAUUAGAAUCUUCCCCCUUGAAAGAGUUGGAGGGUUUUGUUCCUAGUGUGGCUGGGGAUAGUGUGGCUUCAGAGGACAGGCAAGAUGCACAAAUGAAUCCAGAACUGAACACUCUCACAAGUAAUCUGGUUUCACCUCUCAAACAUGAAUUGCCCAGGUUACCUCCUACAGAAAGCCCAACUUCCAGGAAGGAGCUUUCCACCCAUGGACUGCUGUUUACUCCCAUGGGGACUGUCUUGCCUGGUGCUCCCACCCAGCCUGAGACUCAGAUCUCCUCAUCCAUUUUCCCUGUCCUGGGGGCAUCCCCAGCUGUCCUACCAUCAGUGCAGGGUGAGCUCUUCCCCACUGCCCCUUCUGCACCCCCCUUGCUGGUGAGCCCCAGUUCCUCCAGAGGAGCAUCUGUCCAGGUUGUGGGUGAUGGGGAGUGCAAAGACUCCACCAUCCUGCUGCCCUUGGACCGCUGUGUUGUGGGAUCUGCUGGAAAAGAGGAGGAACAAGGUACAAGGUUUCCUUCAGAAGAUGAAAGAGGUCCUGAUGAUAAACCUGGUGAGGCUGUGGCCUUGGAGAAAGAUCAGCUGUCAGAGGGUGAAGAGCAGAGCUCCUGCAGAGCGUCUCCUGGGCAGAGAACAGAUGAAGCAGAACAGCUGGCUGCAGAGCUGCAUCAUGGCCCAGCAGAGGAGAACCUGCAGCUUGUAUCCAAGCUAAAGGAUUCUUCCAGUUCCUGUGCCGUGGAUGUGAGCACCACGUGGUGGGAAGCAGCUGGCUGCAGGGAGCUGUGUGUGGUGACUGCUUGUGAGAGUUGUGUCUCCCUGUGGAAGCCUCUGGCCUCUGACUGCUGGGGAAAGGUCCACACCUGGCAGCUUGGAGAGGUCUCUGUAAUCCAGAUUGUUCCUCUGCCAGACACCUGUAAUCUCGUGUGUGUAGCACUGGGAGAGCUGGAGAUUGGAGAAAUAAGGCUCUUGCUUUACUCUGCUGAGAAUGACUCAUUCAAGCAAUCAGUAGUUAAAUCUGGGACCAUAAAAGCUGUUCUUGGGCUGAAGGACAGGAGGCUGGUCAGCAGCAGCAGGACCAUGCAAGAGCAGCAAGUGGAAAUAGUGUCACUUACAGAGACAGGGAGGAGCACAGAUGGACAGACCCUGAUGCCCCCUGAAGAAACUGUUCUGGCUUUUGCUGAAGUGGAAGGGAUGAGAGAGGCCCUGGUUGGCACCACUGCAGUGAACAGCAUCGUUGUUUGGAAUCUGAAGACAGGCCAGCUCCUGAGGAAGAUGCACGUUGGUUAUUCCUACCCGGCUUCCAUCUGCCAUCGAGCGUAUUCCGACUCUGGCCUUCUGUUUGUUGUUGUAAGUCACCCCCAUGCCAAAGAGAGCGAGGCCUGUGGAAACCCUGCCUUCCACCUGCUGGCCUUCAACCCCACCACAGCCAGGAGCAGGGGGGUGAUGGCCUCCUCCCUCCCACGGGGCCACAGGGGAAGGUACCUGGAGGGGGACGUGAAGGACGCUUUGGCUGCAGCCGUGCUGACCUCGGGUGCCAUCAUGGUCUGGGACCUGCUGCUGGGGCAGUGCACGGCCCUGCUGCCCCCAGGCCCAGCAGGCAACUGGGCACUGGCCCGCUGGGCCGCUGCUGGUGCCUGCCUGCUGGCUGGGCAGCAGGAUGGUACCGUCUGCCUGUACCGCUACCGGCAGCCCUGGCCACGGGUGGCCUGA